AUGGUUUUCCUUCGAGAGUACUUCGGCUGGGCGGUCCUUGCUGCCAUCCUGACGCCAGCUGCCGCGUACGCAUGUGACAAGGACCAGGACCAUAAAGUCACACGCACAGUAAAUGGAAAGGUGUACAGACUUUACUGCAGGAGCGCCAUUGUAGCCGGACAAAACCCAAUAAAGUUCACCAGAAAUGUUGGUUCUACCGAGGAGUGUCUUGAUUCCUGUUCCCAGACCAGUGGUUGUUUCACUGCUGUCUAUAAUGCCGAUAGGAGCAUUUGCUACCUGAGGGAGAAACACACGUCCAUCACUGAAAAGAGCUUGACCGGGAGUAUCUUCGGUUGGGUAUACGAAAGCAACGCCCCCGCUACACCGCCUGCUGGUGCAGGUGGUGGGCAACAGAGCAGUGGUGGUCAAUCAGGAAGUACUGGCACUGGCACCCAGCAGCCAAUUCAAGGUGGCGGCUCUGGUGGUUCUGGUGGUUCUGGUGGUUCUGGUGGUUCUGGUGGAGGUACUGGUGGUACUGGUGGUACUGGUGGCCAGGGUGGCACGCAGAAUCCGGCACAAGGUGGCGGUUCUGGUAAUUUGCCAUCCUAUGAUUGCACUAAUUCGAAGGAUCACGGUCAGCUCUACUCUGCAAACGGAAGAACGUUCGAGCUGCUUUGCAACCACGGGAAUCCCGACCUGGGAUUCAAGACUAUUCCAAAUGUGGCAUCCUUGGCAGCCUGUGUCGAUCUGUGUGCUCAAGAGCCCAAGUGCGGAAGCGCAGAAUUUCACAUCGGCAGCAACAAUUGCGAGCUUGAAAACGACUCAAAAUCAACUGCCAACUCUGGUUAUCACCUAUGGGUACCAAAGCCGUGCCCGAACACGCCUCGAGCGAAGGCGGCAGUUGCUACACCACAGAUUGCUACAGACUUGACGUGCUCAGCCAAUGACGGCAAGAUCUACGAAGGAAGUGACGGUACUUGGUACUAUAUUCAAUGUUGUUCGGACUCUGGCGGGGCCACAGUCAAAGCGGUCCUGCAAGCCAACAGCCACAAAGACUGUGUGGAAGCUUGUGUGGCCAAUCCGGAUUGUAAAUCUGUGGCGUACGAGCCCAGCACAUCUGGGCAGAAUUGUAAGCUCUAUGGGCAGGGCAAUUACUCAACAGCACAUGUCCCAGGCGUUCACUACCUUUACGCCACUGAUCCACCAACUCAACAGCCUUCUAUAUUCGAUUCAAAAAGGUGUUCGACUGAAUGCCCGGCGGCAGAUGGCCAGAUUUUUCUGAGCCCGACCGGUGAGAACUUUGUGAUGUCCUGCAAGAAACGACAUGGAACAACAUACCUUAAGCGCGAGCGUCAACACUCAUUUGCGGCUUGUAUGAGUGCUUGUGGGGCCUUGCCGGCCUGCCUCAGUGUCGAUUAUGAACACAAGACACAGAACUGUUAUUUCAGCACCAACUCCAAGCACCCAACUAUCCAGGCUGUGGCCUUUGCAAGUGCCCACUCUGCAGGUUGCGCAGGUGCUUGUUCAAGCUGCAAUGGCUCCAAUUGUGACACUCUCAACCAACCGCCCCUCUCGCCCGACACAUAUCUCUGCCCGGACCACCAAGGCAACUGGCUCACUGCCAACAGCGUUGACUUCCGGAUUGCGUGCCAGCACUGUAUCAACACCAACCACGGGUCUCUUGUGGCAGCGUCUGAUCACGCUGAAUGCGUGAGGCUGUGCGCUGACCAGAACAACUGUGAUGGCGCAGAAUGGAAGAACGGUCAAUGCCGGCAUCACCCAGGCAGCAACAGUGACGGUAGUCGCGUCACUGUUACUCAAGGAGGUGCCUGCAAUUCUUUCCUUAAGAUGCAGGGCACCUUGGCCCAGAAUAUCAUCCCUUAA